AACAGACUUGCCUUUACUCAAGCCUUCAAGGUUAAAGAAAAGUAGAAACAAUCUCGGUUGGAAAUUUCCAGUAAUGGCAGACGAAGUGAUUCUUCUGGAAACCCAAUUCAGUCCUUUUGCUGCCAGGGUUAGAAUCGCCUUGGCUGAGAAGGGAAUUCAAUACGAGGCAAGAGAAGAAGAUGUCACCAACAAGAGCUCUCUUCUUUUACAGAUGAACCCAGUUAAUAAACAAAUCCCUGUCUUGAUCCAUAAUGGCAGACCCAUUUGCGAGUCAAUGAUUAUCGUCCAAUAUAUUGACGAAGUCUGGAACCACAAAUCUCUCUUCUUCCCUUCUGAUCCUUACCAACGAGCUCAUGCCAGGUUCUGGGCUGAUUAUGUUGACAAGAAAAUUUACCCAAUUGGGAGGAUGCUUUGGUCCUCUGUAGGCGAAGCCAAAGAAGCAUCGAAGAAGGACUUGAUCGAGUGCUUUAAAAUUUUGGAAGGAGAGCUUGGAGAGAAGCCAUAUUUUGGAGGUGAUGGCUUCGGUUUCAUAGAUGUGGCAUUGAUUCCUUUCUAUAGCUUGUUUUACACAUUUGAGAUACUGGGAAACUUUAGCAUGGCUGUUGAGUGCCCUAAGCUUCUUGAAUGGGCUAAGAGAUGCUUGCAGAAAGAAAGUGUGUCCCUGAGUUUGUACGAUGAACACAAAAGCUACGAAACGGCUUUGUUCAUGAAAAAGAAAUUGGGGUUUUGAGUAAAUUCAAGAGAAAUUAGUCUCUUUGCUGUUAUAAUUAGCAGGUAAUUUUACAGUUCAUGAUGGAUGUCUUCGUUAUUAUGGUUUUGUGUCAGUAAAAUCCAACCACAUAAUCCUACUCCUCAAUCUCUUACUGGAUUUGCUUUGUCACCUAACUCUGGAAAAGCCAAGUCUCAAUAGAUUUGUUAUGAGGUUUUUGAGUAAUAUAUUUGUGUCUUAAAUUUA